AUUGCAGGCUCCCCAGGCUGGAUGGGGUUAAUCAUGCCCAGAUACAUGCUGGACUGGGCAUGAUUAACCCCAUCCAGCUGGUAUCCAGCUGGACUGCAGAUACGGGUGUGGGGGAAAGUAAAGACAUUCUGGUGCUACCAGCUGGAGCCCAAAGGGGCUGUGUGUGCGUGUGCCCGUGCCCUGAGGUGCAGCUCUGCCACCCCAGGGGUGUGCAGUAAGCAGAGGGGAACGGGUGUGCUGCUGCCUGGCAUACUGAGACACACUGGGUAGCACUUUGCUAAAUAAAAAGUCCCCACUAAUUUGGACAGAAAAGGUAUUUGUCAAGGUGUGGAUCUGAAAGAGCCAUGGAAAAGACCAUUUAUAAAUAGGGGAGAGCAAUUAAGCAACCAGAAAAUCUGUGUCUUCCCAUGUCUGUACUCAGUGUGGACUUUGAGGAGUGUCCUUGGCUGUUAUGGAAUGUCUGGGGAAGGUCACUAUGACAUCCCUUCCCAUAGAGGGUGAAAUGUCACAGCCACGGUUCUGGUUGGAACAGGGCAGAUGGGUUGUGUUGGUGGUUGCCUGGUCAUUCUGCUCUAGUUCUUCCACUGGACAUGACAACUCUCCUGACUUGCCCUUUCUGAGUCUGUACCUGAAAGUUGUGUUAAGAUGCAAAAACUACCGGGGAACGUAAGUUCCUUGGUGCGGAAGCAGGACCGCCAAGAAACCACCAGGGCAGUGGGAGAAGAGGCCAACUGGACUGGUACCCAAAAAAAUGACUCUGCUGAUCCUGACAAGGAGGUCAGAUGCACCGAUGAGAAUGUGGACCGUGGCAACUGGACAAACAAAGCCGAAUACCUGCUGUCCAUGGUGGGCUAUGCCGUGGGCCUGGGCAACGUCUGGCGCUUUCCCUACCUCGCCUACCAGAAUGGAGGAGGUGCUUUUCUAAUCCCCUACACCUUCAUGCUGGCAUUAGCUGGCUUGCCCUUAUUUUUCAUGGAAUGUUCCAUGGGGCAGUUUGCCAGUCAAGGGCCAAUUUUAGUCUGGAGAAUGCUACCAUUGUUUCAAGGAGUGGGCAUCACAAUGGUCAUCCUGACAGCAUUUGUGACCAUCUACUACAAUGUUAUCAUUGCUUAUGCACUCUUCUAUUUCUUUGCCUCAUUUCAAAAAGUGUUGCCGUGGUCAGAUUGCUUGUCCUGGUCAGAUGAUCUCUGCAGCAAGACACAAAAAGUAAAUGACUGCAACACAACAUACAAUGGGGAAAUCAUUCGUGCAAACUACACCUUCGUCACGGCCAACAAUCUCACAUGUAUAGAGGGCACCAUAACGUACAAACCAGUGCAAUUUCCUACCGAGCAAUACUGGAACAAAGUGGCUCUGCAGCGCUCGAGUGGGCUGGACGAGACCGGCAGGGUCGUCUGGUACCUGGCUCUCUGCCUCCUCCUCGCCUGGAUCAUUGUUGCAGGUGCCCUGUACAAAGGAAUCAAAUCUUCUGGAAAGGUUGUCUACUUUACUGCACUCUUCCCAUAUGUCAUCCUGUUCGUCCUGUUGGUGCGAGGUGCCACCCUGGAAGGUGCUUUGGAUGGCGUCCAGUUCUACAUUGGGAGAGAGUCCAACAUCACCAAGCUGAUGGAGGCGGAGGUUUGGAAAGCUGCAGCCACCCAGAUAUUUUUCUCCCUUUCUACGGGGUGGGGCGGGCUUGUUGCUUUGUCUUCAUACAACAAGUUCUACAACAACUGCUACGCAGAUGCCAUUAUAGUUUGUGUGGUCAACUGUGCCACCAGUGUAUUUGCUGGGUUUGCAAUAUUCUCCAUCCUGGGGCACAUGGCAUUUGUGUCUCAGAGGCCUGUCUCAGAGGUGGUGGACUCAGGGUUUGAUCUGGCCUUUGUAGCCUACCCAGAGGCUCUCACUCAGUUACCAGCUUCUACUCUGUGGUCCAUUCUGUUUUUCUUCAUGCUUGUGCUUUUGGGCCUUGACUCCCAGUUUGCCCUUAUAGAAACAGUUAUAACCAGCAUUCAAGAUAUAAAUCCCACCGCGUUAAAAAAAUAUAGAGGACCUAUAACCAUGGGUGUGUGUGCAGUAUUGUUUUUAUUUGGGCUUGUCUGUGUUACUCAGGCAGGAGUUUACUGGGUUAACCUAAUAGAUCACUUCUGUGCUGGAUGGGGAAUCCUCAUUUCAGCUUCCCUGGAGAUAUUAGGCAUCUCCCACAUUUACGGAGGAAAAAGGUUCAUUCAAGACAUUGAAAUGAUGAUUGGAAAGAAGACCAAUUCAUUCUGGCUGUGGUGGAAAAUGUCCUGGUUUUACGUCACUCCUGUGGUGUUAUUGGCUGUUUUGAUCUGGUCUUUGAUGACAUUUUCAAAUCCCACUUAUGGCUCAAUAAUAUACCCAGCCUGGGGAAACAUUCUUGGCUGGUGCAUGAUCAUCUUCAGCAUCAUGUGGAUUCCUGUUGUUGCUGUUGUAAAACUAUAUAGAGCUGAAGGAACCCUUCUUGAGCGCCUUGUCAGCUGCUGCCGGCCUGCAUCAA